UUGUGCAUAUGAAUAGUUAGUUGUUGUCGUUUGUUUGAUGCGAUCGGUUGUGUUUAUAGAAACAGCAAAAUCAUUUUUUUUUUCUAUUUCGUCGGGAGUUAGGAUCAACAAGAUUUUUUAUUUAUUUCGGUUAGGAUGUUCGAUUCCGUUCUGAAUUGAUGAAUUGAUUAAAUUUUAUCGACGGUUUUGGUUGCUCCGCGUCGAUUGGGAUUUUUACAUUUUUUUGUGUGCUACAUUUGCAAACAAUGGUAAACAAACAGUACACGAUUCAGGGUUCGAAAAAGGUGAAAAAUAAUUCACCGCCACCCAAUCGCAGUGUAUCCGUCAUAUCAAAUGCACCGAAUCCAUCGAAUUCGUCCGGUAUAAGUGCAGAUUCGAAUGAAAACAAUUGCUCGCAAAGUGUCUACGAACAGAACAUUACUUAUGUGCAUAAUGAUGACUUUGGUGUUUGUGAUGAGAAUUGUGAACGGCUAAAUCAUAAGGAUCUGUCGAUAAAUGACAUAGGACGAUUUCAGUAUAUUUUACAAAUGGAUAGAGAAAUGGAAAACAAUGGCAAUUUCCUCUAUCACCUGCCGUCACCGUCAUCUCCAUCGAGUUCGAUAAACUCAACCAAUCAAGCCUUCUGGAAAGCAGGUUCCCAGUUACCAAUUACCUCCAGCCACACAAAUCGUCGACGGCACCAUCGACUUCUCAAGUAUUUGCGACUGUUCUGGCUGUACGCUCGAUGGCCGAUCGCUCUGCUGUUUGCGUGCGCAUUUGUGGCGAUGGUUGUGUACUUCUUAGUUGUAGAGAAAGAAAUUUCCGAUAAUUUAACGAAAAAUCAGCUAAUUUUAAGUUCAAUCACACAUCACGACAGCGACGACCACAUUCACACCAUCAAUUUCAAUCAGCUGGACACAACGGACCCGAUCGAUCACAGCGAAAAUAUUGCGAAUUCGGACGAACGGUCUACGGUCAGUAUAGCCGGGAUUCUCGCAACGGUUGCUAAAACUGGCGAAAUGAGCGACAUUGAAUUCGAACCGAGUGGUGAAGUUGUCGAGAGCAGCACCAGUGUGGUGAAGCCCACCAAAAGCGAUGUAUACGUCCCGGGCCACAGAAAUACGCAAAUUCUGGAAAUCUCCACACCGAAGUUGACCAAGGAAUUCGAAAGGCCGGAAAUAACAGACCCGGACGAAGAUUUCACCGAAACGAAAAUUUUGCUCCCCACCAAAGAGACGCUGGAGUUUUUCGGCUUCACUUCUGGCCAUCAAAAUAAUUUUGGCGUCCCGAUCGAAGAAGACGAACGUGUGCUGCGGAUGCUGAAUGAACAGUUGAUCCGACGGGAGAAAAAUCGAAACGGAACCGAUUCGUACAUGACCACCACGGAUGGGUAUGCGUACAGGACACGAGUAUCGCCAACGCUGCCAGUGAUUAAUUCAAUGGACCCGACAACUGAACGAUUGGCUGCCAAUUCAACGGAUGACGGUAUAUGCCAAUCAACAUCGUUCUCGAUGUGCCGCAGUGUUCUACACUAUGAUCUGACUACGAUAACGCAUCACAGGAAUCUCACACCAAUCGAUCGGCAACAUUUCGAGUAUCUGAUUGAGUCGAAAUGUUCGCCCAGGGCACACGAAUUCAUCUGUUCGAUUCUGGAGCCAGAAUGUCGUCCCGAGAGAAUGGGAAUUCUACCGCCGUGCAGGAGAAUUUGUAAAGCUAUUCUGGAACCGUGUGCACAUAUCGUCGCUGCAUCAGAGUUUUUGACCAUGUCGUUCGAUUGCGGAAUCUACCCCGACUCAAACGAUCCCAGCGUUUGCAGAGAUGCCACAAAGGAAAUGGACUGUUUGGCCAACGAAUUCCAAUGCAUCGAUAAGACAUGCAUUCCGGCACAGUGGCGUUGCGACAACAUCAAGGAUUGCUCGUCGGCAGAGGACGAAGAGAACUGUAAAUUCUGCGAGGAUGACGAAUUUCGAUGCUACUCGAAUCAGAAAUGCAUUCCGGAUAAAUGGCGCUGCGACGAGUAUGACGACUGUCCCGAUGCUUCGGAUGAGGCUGAUUGUUUCGAUGACGAUCCAACGCUACCGCCACCGCUCGGCAACACUAGAGUUUACUCGUUCACUCAAGAACAGAGUCCUAAUCCUACCAGUCGUCCCUAUCUGACCAUCUCUGGCGAAAAUCGAUUCAGCCUCGCCGACGAUACGAACAGAGACUAUCCCACAACCAUCGAUGAUCACCAGUUAACGAACGAACAGCACAACGCUACGGAAACCGGUAGUCAAUUACCGGAUGAAAAUGACGACAUUCAGGGAGCCGCAUCGGGAAUCACGGUUCCGUUGUCGAAAAGUUUGGCCAACUUCCAGGACAGCAAGGAGAUCAUGAUGACCAGCGACUCCGAAUCGGACUACAAAUAUUCCAGCACCAAUAACGUUCCUACGAAUACGGCACAUGUGUCGCCAUGUCCACAGGGUGAACUGCGGUGCAUCAAUGGCAGAUGUAUAACGAUAAGUCAACUGUGUGAUAAGAUUACGGAUUGUCCCGAUGGAGCAGAUGAGGCGAUGUGCGUGUAUAAGACGUGAUUUAUUUACCAUGGACUAGAGACUACAGCACCAUCAUCAUCAUCGUCAUCAUCAUCAUCAACACAUCCAUUCCGUCCACAGGCAUUGUUCGCUUUUGUGAACAUUCUUCAUUUCUCGUCGAAAUUCGAGUUUAAAAUCGCAUUCCGUCUUUCAUCCGAACUCUUUUGUAUAAUUAAAUAUUUUUAGGCUAUUACCUACCUACUCGUAGCGUUAUAUUGUGUAUAUUUUGUUGCAUUAUUUUUUACUCUCAUUUUGAAUGUUUAAUUUUACUUCUAUUUACUGAACAAUUAUACUGGCCAUUUGAUAUAAAAAGAACAACAAAUUUUGUAAAUAAAUUCUUUGUUGUGUUUUCGGUAUG